ACGGAUCUAAAUGUUUUAACAAAUUUAAUCAGCAUGCGAGCCGAGGAGGAACAUGACAGCGCACAGCCGAGAGAAGAUUUCCUCCCCCCUGUGCCUCUCCGUCCUUUUCGGUCCGGGAAGAGGAGUUUUUUGCUACGUUGUGCUGGUUCUGGUCUGCGCGCUGUGCUACAGUAACUCGCUGCGAGGGGAGUUUGUGCACGACGAUGUUUGGGCGAUCAUCAACAACCCCGAUGUCAGACCAGGCUCCAGCCUGCGGAACAUCUUUUUCAAUGACUUUUGGGGGAAGAGGAUGGCCGAUAACACUAGCCACAAAUCCUAUAGACCGCUAUGCGUCCUCACCUUCAAGCUGAAUGUGGUGCUGGGCGGGAUGACUCCGCUGUACUUCCACAUGGUGAACGUGUGCCUGCACUGUGCCGUGACGUCCCUGCUCAUGUACGUGUGCGAGAGAACCGCCUUCGAGGACGGCCGUCUGGCCUUCCUGACCGCCCUCCUCUUCGCCGUCCACCCCAUCCACACAGAGGCGGUGUCAGGGAUUGUGGGAAGGGCGGACGUCCUGGCCUGCCUGCUGUUCCUCCUGGCCUUCCUCUCCUACGUCAGGAGUGUGGACAGGGCCUGCCCGGAGGACAGCGUCCCCCCCACAGUGUCCUCCUGCUCCCUGCUGCUCAGCCUGCUGCUGGGCACCUGCGCCAUGCUGGUGAAGGAGACCGGCGUCACCGUGUUCGGCGUGUGCGUGGUGUACGACGGCCUGGUCCUCUGCCACAAGCCUCUCACAGCGUACCUGUCCUGCACCAAAAUGAGGGAAGCUCCAAGAGUGUUCGGGCCCUUCGCCAAACGCGCCUGCCUGGUUUGCCUUCAUGUGGCGAUCAUCAUGUCCUUCCGCCUGUGGGUCAUGGGCGGCUCCAUGCCCUUGUUCUCCGAGCAAGACAAUCCGGCCUCCUUCUCUCCCCACCUGCUCACCAGGUUCCUCACCUACUGCUACCUGCUGGCCUUCAACGCCUGGCUGCUGCUGGCCCCCAUCGUGCUCUGCUAUGAUUGGCAGGUGGGCAGCAUCCCGCUGGUGGAGUCCCUGUGGGACGUGCGCAACAUCGCCGCCCUGCUGCUGGGAAUGGUCGUGGUCUGCCUGUGUCUGCACUGCCUGACGUCCGUACAGAGACCGGAGAGGCGGGAGGUACUGGUGGGGCUGCUGUUCCUGGUGCUCCCCUUCGUCCCGGCCAGCAACCUGUUCUUCCGCGUGGGCUUCGUGGUGGCCGAGCGCGUCCUCUACAUGCCCAGCAUGGGGUACUGCAUCCUGGUGGUCCACGGGCUGAACAGGCUGUGCUCUCUGGUGGGGAGGUGGGGGGCCACGGCCCUCACUGUCUCCAUGCUGCUGCUGCUGCUGCUCUUCUCCUGGAAGACCGUCCAGCAGAAUGAGAUCUGGCUCUCCCGAGAGGCGCUCUUCAGAUCUGGCAUCCAGACCAUGCCUCACAAUGCCAAGGUACACUACAACUACGCCAACUUCCUGAAAGAUCGAGGCCGCAACCAAGAGGCCAUUCAUCACUACAAAACGGCGCUGAGGCUGUACCCACGCCACGCCAGCGCUGUGAAUAACCUGGGCACCCUGACGCGCCACCCGGAGGAGGCCGAGCGCUACUACAGGAAGGCCCUGGAGAUCAAUCCCCAGCACAACAGAGCCCUCUUCAAUCUGGGUAACCUGCUCAAGUCCCAGGGGAAGGAGGAAGAAGCAGAGCGGAUGCUGAGAGACUCCAUUCAGUUUGGCCCGCACUUUGCCGACGCCUACUCCAGCCUGGCCUCCCUAUUUGCCGAGCAGAAGCGGCUCACUGAAGCCAAUGACAUCUACCUGCAAGGCAUUGAGAGCUGUCCAGACAGCUCAGAUCUGCACAAUAAUUAUGGGGUUUUCCUGGUGGACACAGGGGAUGCAGAAAGGGCAGCCAUCCACUACCAGCAUGCCGUGCGCCUCAAACCCACCCACUACGUCGCCAUGGUGAACCUGGGCCGGCUGCUGCGGUCCUCCAACGACAACAAGGAGGCGGAGGCAUGGUACAAGAGGGCCCUGCAGGUAGCGCGGAAGGUGGAGAUCCUGACGCCUCUGGGGGCGCUCUACUACAACACGGGGCGCUAUGAGGAGGCCCUCCAGGUGUACCGCGAGGCCGCCGCCCUCCAGCCCGACAGCGCCGACAUCUGGCUGGCUCUGGCCCAGGUGCUCGCCAUGGCCGGCCGGACCAAGGAGGCGGAGAAGAUGACCUUCGGGAUCGUGGCGAAGAACGCCGGGUGCAUCGAGUGCUACCGGCUCCUGUCCGCCAUCUAUAGCAAGCGCGGGAGCCACAGUGAGGCCCUGGAUGCACUGGAGAAGGCCCUGCAGCAGAAGCCCAGUGAUGUAGGCGUGAGGGCGGAGCUGCACUUCUCCAAGGGGAACCAACUGAGGGAGAUGAACCAGCUGGACAGCGCCUUUGAGAGCUACAAGCUGGCAGUGGAGCUCAACCCUGACCAAUCACAGGCCUGGAUGAACAUGGGAGGAAUACAACACAUCAAGGGAGACUACGCCCUGGCACGGCAGUACUACCAGAGGGCGUUGCAGUUGUCGCCUGGCUCCAAACUGCUGAAGGAGAACCUGGCCAAGCUGGACCGUCUGGAGAAGAGGCGGAACGGGGCGUAGAGGCACGCCCGGAGGGGGCCGGGUGUGCGAGGAGGGGGUGUCGCCGCAAACCCCCCGAGGGGAGUCGGGGGGAGCCCCGUGGUCCUG